AUGUUUGGUGUGCUUGUUCCGAAAACCCGGGUUUCUGCUGAUGUGCUGGGCUCCGUGGAACAGCUGCGCCAGUGCGACACGCUGGACAUUGCCUAUUUCGACGAGGACAUCCAAGUCGUGGUGUACACUCCGUCGUCUGUGACACAGGUCGAGGUCGACCUGGUAUACAACUUGCAAAACACAGCGAGAAAAGUGCUCGAUUCCAAAGUCGUCAUAGGGUCUGAGGCCGUAUGGAUACUGGAAACGACCGUGGUGCCUGACAAACUUUCAAAUCAAUUGCAGAUCAAAGCCUCGUUUCGACAACAGUCGAGAAAGAUAGAAAAUUUAGAGUUGCAGGAUACAGUCACUAUAGGCAACACUGUGCUGACGAAGCAUGUGGACCUUUACGAACUCGUAACGGCCGACACGUCGCUGCGGAUCAGCCCCGUAUUCCAGAUGCGGUUCAAGACCAUCAAGACGGAGAAAACCAUGGCCUCUUUGGAAGUGGCUCUUUCUGGACAGGUCCGGGCGUCAGAAGUGUCGGUGAGAAUCGAGUCGGUAGAUAUGGACAUCAGAAACUGUCUGUGUGCCGGCUACUCGGUGGUAAAGUAUCCAUUGGUGUUGCAGAACCAUUCUAUUCUGUCGCUCACGUACAGACUAACAAACAACGACAUCAAGUGGGUUAAGCCGGUUUUUGUCACCAUCCAUUGCACGGUCAACGGGAAUAGAAAAAUCGUGACACGAUGGACUACAAAUGUGGAUUUUAUGGCGGCCCCCACCGUGCCCCCAAUCGCGUCGCCUAGUCUCGGGGUAUUUAAAUCCAAGUCGACCAACUCUGCUCUGAAUUUGCCUAAGAAAAAUAAACUACGAUCCAACUCGUCGGUGACUCUCAACCACUCCAAGAAGAACCUCAGCAUUUCAGUUUCGGGCCAGACUAAAGUCAAGCUCGGCGAGGUGUUCAAAUGGAAGCUACAAUUUAUCAACAAGUCGAACGACUCGUUAUCGCUCAUACUGUACAUUCAAUCAUCGAUCAACAAACAAUACGAAAAAUCUGUGCCACCAAUUCCGAUCCAGAACGCCAACAAGGCAGAUCCCGUCCCGCUUUACGGCCUCAACCAGCUGGUGCGGGCUUUCCAACACGAGUUCAGCAAAGUGGGGCUGAUUUCUCUUACCAACAACCUGAAAUUCACGUUAGACCCAGGAAACCUGUUCGAGACCGAGCUCGAGCUCAUAGGCAUCGAAAAGGGUCUGGUCAACCUCCACGACGUCAAAGUGUUGGAAAUCAAAAGCGGCGAGAUCUUCGAGUGCGGCCGCCUGCUUGAUGUCCUGGUCGUCUAG